AGGGAGAUCGCGCAGGUUGCUGUGGCCGCGAAGAGUUGGAAGGGAUCCCCCCCCGCCCCCCUUUUUUCUUCCUUCUCCUCCUCUUUGCACAUCUGAGGGCGGCAACGGGGCUGGCUCCCCCCUCCCGGAGGUCGCCUUUGUUUUCCCCGUGUCGCUCUCCCGAGCAGCCGGGGGGGCGGGAGGGGCCGGGGCUGAGCCGGGCUGGGCUGUGCCGGGCUGGGCUGGGCUGGUCCGGCCGCCCCUUCUCCUCCUCGCCCCGCCGGACCCCGCCGAGUUGGUGCCGUUCCCCCGGGCGGCACUUUCCCCCCGCCCCGGGGCUGAGCAGCCGCCGCACCCCGGGACCUCCAUGGCACCGCCGCGAUGUUCGUGUCCCGGGUCCUGGAUUUCCAGAAGACGCGCUACGCCAGGUUCAUGAAUCACCGUGUCCCGUCCAACUGCAGGUACCAGCCGACGGAGUACGAGCACGCAGCCAACUGUGCCACCCACGCAUUCUGGAUCCUGCCCAGCAUCCUUGGCAGCUCCAUCCUCUAUGUCCUCUCUGAUGACCAGUGGGAAACCAUUUCAGCCUGGAUCUAUGGCUUUGGCUUGUCCAGCCUCUUCAUUGUCUCCACUAUCUUCCACACCAUCUCCUGGAAGAAGAGGCAUCUCAGGACUGUGGAGCACUGCCUGCACAUGUUUGACAGGAUGGUGAUCUACUUCUUCAUUGCAGCAUCCUAUGCUCCCUGGCUGAACCUGAGGGAGUUGGGUCCCUGGGCCUCCCACAUGCGCUGGAUCAUCUGGAUCAUGGCGUCUUUUGGGACCGUCUAUGUGUUCUUCUUCCAUGAGCGCUUCUCUGUCGGUCGCAGGUACAAGCUGGUGGAGCUGGUGUGCUACGUUAUCAUGGGCUUCUUCCCCGCCUUGGUCAUCCUCUCCAUGCCAAACAGGGACGGCCUCCCGGAGCUGGUGGCUGGUGGCUUCUUCUACUGCCUGGGCAUGGUGUUCUUCAAAAGUGAUGGCCGCAUCCCCUUCGCCCACGCCAUCUGGCACCUCUUCGUGGCCAUCGGAGCUGGAAUCCACUACUACGCCAUCUGGAGGUACCUCUACCGGCCCGGAGCGCUGGAGACCAAAACGUCCCGGUAGAAGCCUUAAAGACGUUGUUUGUGCCAACGGGCACACGGGGGCACGGAGGGGAGUGGGGAGGGAGCCUACACUGUGGGCUCACCCCAAACCACCCCCUGGCCCUGCAGGCAGCAGCUGCUGGUGCCCCUCCCGCACAGACAGGAGAGCCUGGAGGUCGAUUUUAAGCAUUUUUCUUUUUUAACCUCGGGAACUGUUCUAUUUUUUUAGGCAAAGGUUUCAUAACAAAGUGACCGACUGAGGGGCCGUGGGUAAUAGGGGGCUUCACCUGCUGGACUUGCCAGGCUCUUCGCUCACUCACCUGGCCUCGAGCAUCCCAUGGGAGUGAGGAUCUUGGCCCCAAUGCCCGUGGCUAGUGACACCCUGGGUUUGGCUACUGGAGUCCUUAGCAUGAGCCACCCAGGGGACUGGAGGUGUCAGGAUGGGGGGAAAGACCCAGUGGUGGAGGAGGGGCAUGGUGACAGCCCUGCACCACUCAGACUCGGCUCCUAAGUGGUCCUAAGUCGUGUCAGCAUUAACUGCUCCCUCCCAAGUGCUUGACAGGAAGGUCCAGACUCAAAAAGCCUUAUAUGAGAUUGAAACUUGAAUCUCUUCCAGGGCGCCCCAGCCUCUGAGCACCGGGAAACCCUUUCUCUAAGCCAAUAUUAAGUGCACAACUUGGUUCAUCCUCUAGAUGGGCCCUGGGAGCUCCCACGGACAUUUUCUCCCUGGGGUGCUUUGCUUUCCUGUUUGGCCUCAGUGCCAGUGGCAGCCCAAAGCAUGGCUCCCUCCCAGGCUCUGCUGCACGUGUGCCUUUGGCACGGAGCAGAGCUGGGAUCCAGCUCCUGGCAUCCCCCUGAGUGGGGCUAGCCCAUCUGCUUCAGGGGAUUCCCUUUCUCUUUGAGGGAGGGAAGUGAACCUCCUUGGACUGGGAUCAUGGGGCUGCCUGCCUUCUCUGCUUCCAUUUUGAUGAUAAGCCUGUUGCUCAUCAGAUUUAAUUCCACUUUUGGGAGGAUUUCUGACAUUCCCAGGAUCGCUGCAGGGAAGGAACGCAUCCGCAUGAUGCUUGGAGGUGAGCUGGGACAGGGAGAUCCUAGUGAUGCUCCAUUUUUAAAUGCCUAACUAUGGCCACAAAGUGCUAACACAGGAUAACAAGACAUGGAACAUCCAUCUGGUUGUUGGGAGCAGCCUUGAUGGUGCUGGAAUGGCAAACCCACACCAGGUGUUGCUCCCCAAACACACCGGCAGAGCUGCUGGAGCCAGGAGGGUCUGGUGUGUGCUGGCUGUGGUACCUGCGGGGAUCUGCUCCCAGUCCUGCCUGCACCUUCCCUGUUAGCCCUGAAGGCAUCGAUUUCCCAUCAUCUCUUUCUGGCCUUCGAUUAAUCACAACUGCAGAGGUCUUGGUGUGACGUGGCAAGCGAAGGAGAUUUAUGGCCACCAUCCCACAUCUCCCGUUUCUCCAUCUCCAUGCUGAGGAGCUGAGCUCCCAGCUCUGCCCCACCUCCCACAGAGCUGAGGCCUCCCCAGCCUGCAGUGCCCUGGGACUAGCUCUGCAGGGCUGUGCCACUUUGCAGCAGAUUACCAAAGAGGAAACAUCUGGAUAUUCAUCCCCUCCUGAUGCUCUGGUCACCAGGUCAGCAAAAAAAUCCAGUGGGUUUUCGCUUCCUAUAAGGGGCUCUGGGUGCUGUGCCCAGCACCCCAGCGUGGCAUGGGGCUGCUGGGGGUCUCUGCCCAGGGCACCCCAAAGCAGCCUUUGGGCUGAGGUUUCCCCUUGGGGUGACAAGUGGUCUUAGGGAUAUAGGAUGAACAAGCUCAUGUGAGCCCAGGCUCUGCUGCUGCCUCUCCUGGUCCCCCAGGUCCCAGCCCUUGCUCUGUCACCUACCACAGAUGGAGGGGUGGAGAAGGACAAGCUGUGAGUAACCAGCAGUUGAUGGAGCAUAUCUGGGGUUGGAAUAGCAGGAUAUAAAGGUCCCAGAAUGGGAGAUGCCAUAUUUUCUGUCUGACAAGUCAUUACCCUUCUCUGUGCCUCAGUCUCACCAUCUGUAAAAUGGGGGUGAAGACACCAACCUACCUCACAGGGCUCAUGUGAGGACCCCGUGAAGCACUUGGAGGACAGCCAGUGCUUCACAAACACGUGCUUCAAUUUUCACUGAGUCUGGGGGAAUGGAUUCCCAGACCCACUGUGGGCCACAGUGACAACUGUGGCUCAGGGUGCCUGGCCCUCCUCCCCGUCCGCCACUAAACCCAUGGGGAACCACCCUGGGGACAGACCAUGCAAACAGCCAUAGGCAAACGUCCCCUGCCAGGGCCUGAGGAUGCCCAAGGACCACCAUUGUGUUUUGUCUGUAGGCUUCAUCCCAAGGGAUUUAACUUGGAAACCAUUUUGUCAUCGGCAGCUUUUGGCUCUAAAUCUGUUCCAGGGGCUCCUGAGGCACAGGGAGGUGCCAGAAGGACCUUUCUGGGGCUACUUCAUUUCAGUCUCCUGCUGAAAAUCCAGGGCAGGACAGAUGCCUGGGCAGGAAUGGGUGGUUGGACUCCGUCUAGGACAUCACCACCUUCAACCUGGAUUUGCUGAGUGGGCUUCUCUGUAAUUGAGAAGUCCCCCCUCUUGCUCCUAAAUCCUCCCCUUGCAAAGCAGGAUUGGGGGGAGGGCACAGAGCAAGUUAUCAGAUUGUCCUCCUAUUUUAUACUAAUUUUAAGUGACUCUCAACAUUCAGGAUGUCUGUGGAGGAGGGCUUGAGGCAACUUUUUAGCAUCUCAUGUUUUUCACCAUCCACCCUUGUUCAAUCAGUAUUUUAUAUUUAACACAGUAUUGGGUCAAAUACAAACAAGUAUAAGGAAGAUAACGCUAGUGAAUAUUGUUUCCUGUGGAGUAGGAUUGAAAUAAAAACUCAAGAUACCUCA